GACUUACCAAGCCUGGGAAAGCACCUCGGCAACUAGGGGCAGCUUUAUUUCCGGUCUCUACUGUCAGACGGAAGGAGGCGGAGAGGAAGAGAAAAACAGCACUCCCUUCCGGUGUAUUUGCGCUGCUAAAGAAAAGAGGGAGCGAGGCGUCGUUUGUGAGGUUGUUUCGGGGCGCCUUGAGGAAAAGCAAGUCCCAGAGGAGGAGCACAGUGGCCUCACACGCCGGGCUCUGGUGGCCACAGCCCUUACCAUCCCUUCAUCCCCAAGAUGACACGGCACGGCAAGAACUGCACGGCGGGCGCUGUGUACACCUACCAUGAGAAGAAGAAGGACACAGCGGCCUCCGGCUACGGGACCCAGAACAUCCGACUGAGCCGUGAUGCGGUGAAGGACUUCGACUGCUGCUGCCUGUCCUUACAGCCUUGCCAUGAUCCCGUCGUCACCCCGGAUGGCUACCUAUAUGAGCGUGAGGCAAUCCUGGAGUACAUUCUGCACCAGAAAAGGGAGAUUGCCCGGCAAAUGAAGGCCUAUGAGAAGCAGCGCGGUGCGCGGCGGGAGGAGCAGAAGCAGCUGCAGCGGGCAGCAGCACAGGACCAGGUGCGCGGCUUCCUGGAGAAGGAGGCGGCCAUUGUGAGCCGCCCCCUCAACCCCUUCUCAGCCAAGGCAGCUGCGGGCCCAGAUGACACCGAGCCCGGACCCAGUGCUGGGGCCCCUGGCAAGGACAAGGAGAAGGAAAAGGAGAAGGACAAGGCACUGCCCAGCUUUUGGAUCCCCUCACUGACGCCCGAGGCCAAGGCCACCAAGCUGGAGAAGCCGUCACGCACCGUCACUUGCCCCAUGUCCGGUAAGCCACUGCGCAUGGCCGACCUGACGUCUGUGCGCUUCACUCCGCUCGACAAUUCUGUGGACCGCGUGGGGCUCAUCACGCGCAGUGAGCGCUACGUGUGUGCUGUGACUCGCGACAGCCUGAGUAAUGCCACGCCAUGCGCCGUGCUGCGGCCCUCUGGCGCCGUGGUGACUCUGGAGUGCGUGGAGAAGCUGAUUCGAAAGGACAUGGUGGACCCCGUGAAUGGGGACAAGCUCACGGAGCGUGACAUCAUUGUGCUGCAGCGGGGUGGCACCGGCUUCGCGGGCUCCGGGGUGAAGCUGCAGGCCGAGAAGUCCCGGCCAGUGAUGCAGGCCUGAGGGGUCGCAGAGGCCAAAUUAAACCACCUCUGCCAGGACCGGA